AUGAAUGAUAUGAUCCAUGCUUCAAUAGACCUUCCACCCACCAAACGUCGACGAGGCCUUGCAGGCUCGAUCGUUUCAACCGCUUGGAGUGCCGCACUCAUUGGUACUGCUGUGGGCCUGACCGUAUACAAGCUAUGGAGGAACCGCGGAGCUCAGGACGAGUCGGGACAUGUCGAAGAUUCUAAGAUCGAUGAGAUGGUGGUCGAGAACGAAAGGACACCCGAACCAUCCUCGCCUCCACCGCCUUACAACCAGGAAUGGACUGCAAUUGAUUACCCCCAGCAACAGCAGCAUUUGCUCACCCCGCGAGGCCGAGAAAAGGCUAGACAGCGGGUAAUACCCAGGAGUGCUCGCAAACCUAGAAGAGAGCGACUCACAGUGCCGCGCAAGUCGGCUACCACUGGUCGUUCGUCUGCCAGUUCUUCCAGGCCUCCCAUCCCGCCUGAAUUCGACUUUGAAUCUCCUCGGAAGCGCGGAAGGUCUUCGUACGGUGCCAAUGCAGAAGAAGAGGAACCUCAUGAUCAAGCCGACGACCCCGAUGACAAGAUGGACUGGAUAGGUGGAAAGUUGGCACAAUUGAUUGAGGAAGGGAAGAAAGCGUUAGGGAAGGAGGUUGUGGUCAUGAGUGAUGCGAAGGAGGAUGAGGUGGACGAUGGGUCCGGGGCAUGGGUUAGCGACGAAGAGGACCGUGGCCGACUCAAGAGGAGAGGGAGCACUCGCUCGAGGCGGAGUAUGACCUUUACCAACGGACACGGAGUUUACCCAUCGACAUCCUCUGCUGUCUCAUCCUCGUCGUCCGGAAACCUGCUCGCGCCACCGACUGCACCGACGACGCCUAGGAAAACACAUUCGAGAGGCUUCUCGCAUGACGGAAUGGGUUCUCCCGCGUUAUCCGUUUCGGCUGCUGCCCAUGAGGAGCCAUCGAACUGGGAGAGUCCUGAGAUCAGGGAGAUGAUGGAACGAGCCAGGGCGAAAUAUGCGUCCAGAGCUGGAAGGUAG